CGACGAUUAGCAAAAAGAGAGCUCAUGUUUCCUCCUACCAACUAGGCAAAACCCAAAGAAAUACAAAAAAAAACGCGGUUGUUCGGGAAGAGAGCUCUCUUCGUCCAAUAGUUCUGCCCCCCGUCCAAACGAACAAGCUCUGGCGUCAGUUUAUUUAGUAGUGUUCGGCAAAUUGUUGUUCCGGCGCUGCUCCGGCGCUUGCUUCAACUUUCUGGAGCUCGCAAACCGCACCAGUUCGAGCGGCCAUCUUAAACUACAAUCCAGAACUUCUUCCAAAAUGCCUCAAGCACAGCCAGAGUUAAAGAAGUAUAUGGAAAAGCGGUUGUUCGUUCAACUCAACGGCAACCGCAAAGUCAUUGGAAUUCUGCGCGGUUACGAUGUGUUCAUGAACAUCGUCCUGGACGAAGCCGUCGAAGAAAAGAACGGAGGCGAAAAAGUGCGUCUAGGCAUGGUGGUCAUUCGCGGAAACUCAGUCGUUAUGCUCGAGGCGCUCGAGAGAAUCGGUGAUCGAUGAUACCCGGUAGCUGUGCCUCAAGGGAAAUCCUGGCGUGUUAAUGAGUACAAGAAAAUGGGCUGGUGGUUCCUAUUUACCCCAAUUUAUGUCUUCUUUUAUUGCGAUGGCUGAGAAGCGUUUCAAUGUUUGUUUCGACUUUUGUUCUAGGAGUUCGAGGGGAAAAAAUGAAAAGAAAUUAAAUAUACUUUGAAUAACGGAAAUCCGAUCCAGCGCCAGCAGGAUUAUGGGCUGGCUGCAAAAUAAAUGUCGAUUAAUAAAAAAUUGGCUCGAGUAAAUGUAAAAUACAUCACGUAUACUUGUACGUUGACGUUAAAUAAAAUAGCCCUAGUCGGCCUUUUUUUUCUCUUCUUUCUCAAGAGAUACCGUGCAAUUCACAUCGGUAAUGCCAGCCUCAUGUCAUGUUUCCUCACGGCUGUAGCCUUCGUUCCCUAAAAAAUGAAACAAAUACAUGUG